AUGAAACAGACAAGAGUUUAAUCUGCUGCUACAAAUUCUCGUCUACGAGAUAAUCAUUAUGAUCCUAAAGUGCACACAAAGGCUUGGAUUGCUCCAGGUAGAUGUUGAAAUUUAAAUUAGGAAUAUUCAAUUAAUUACCUAAAUAUGAGCAUUUAGAUUCUGGUCUAGUUGUUAUUCAUUAGAAAAAUAACAAAAUGAAAUAGUUUAAGGAAUUCUCAGAAUUAAACUAAGAGAUUUAAUAGAUGCAAGAGAAGGAUGAAUUUAGAAAGUUUAAGGAGUUUGAGAAUCUAUAUAAUGGAGAUUUAGUUGUGACAAUUGAAUAUUGGUAUACAUUUGAGUAACAGUCGAUAGUACAAAUUGCUCUCAGCAUGCAGGAUCAACUAGACAUGACGAAGAGAAAUAUUAUACAUUCGCCACCAAUUUAAAAUAGGAACUUAUUUAGUAAUAUCCAACAGCUAAGGUUUAUUUGAAACCAUUGAUCUAUGACCCACAUGAUUAUUCAAUAGACACUCUCUAUAUUCAAAGGAGAAUUGGAGCAUUUGAAGUAUAAGUCUGUUCUAAGAAUGGAGAUCAAUUCAAAAAAGGUUUAGUAUUUUCAAAGUUGAAUACUAAAAUGUGGCCUAAUUAUACAGAAGUCAUUGAAAGAGUCAGUGAUUAUUUAAAUACUGCUCCAUUAGAAAUUUAUGUCAGUUUUGGUGAAAAUAUAACAGGGAAUCUUAAUAACAUAGAAGUAACUUUGACUCCACAUAGACAAGAUAGACCAUAAUCAAGUGUCUCAAGGAUAUCUUCAUAAACUAAAAGAACAAAUCGAACUAUUACAAAAGAAAGAAAAAUCAAAGCUAAAACAAAUAAUCAAGGAUAUAUCAAAUUAUAAGAUGUUCCUGUUGAUGUCUAUGUUGUAGAAGUGCAAGAAUCUAAUGAUUAUCUUAAUGAAUAAUUACUAUUGAAUAUGGUAGAAAUGGCUGAACAAAGUAAUGAUACAAUACAGGUUGUUAUUAAAUUAAAAAAAUAAACUCAUUCAUAUUUGGAUAUUAAGAUAUUUAAUUAAUAGGGUUCUGGUUUAAGUGAAGCCAAAAUUACUAUAACAAAUCUUCAAACUCAAGAAAGUAUGUUAUCAAGAGAAAUUGAAUCUGGUAGAUAUGAAGCAAUCAUAGAACCUAAUUAGUAUACCUUAACUGUCUAAAAAAGAGGAUACAAAGAAUUAGCUUAGAAUUUUGAUGCAGCCUAAGGAGUCAAUGAAUUUAAAUUAAUCUUGGAAGUAGAUCCUAAUGAUUAAUAACUAAUAAAACCCCCUUAAUCAGCAAAAUAAUUAUAACCCAUAUAAAAACCAAGUAGUGCACGUCCAACAAGUGCUUAAAGAUCAUAAUAAGGUAGUAAUACAAAUCAAUCUUAAUAAUAAAUGAAUAAAUAAUAAUAACAUUAAUAAUAAUAAUAAUAAUAAUAAUAAUAAUAGUUACCACCAAAACCAAGAUCUUAAUAAUAGUCUAUUUAAUCUUAUGAAUAACCUGAAUAUAUGGAACCAACUAAAUAAGAAGCUAUCUCAAAUCCUAAUAGGCCUAUUUCAGGUUAUAAAUCUACAUAAGUGUUUAUUUAUGAUCCAUACACUAAUUUACCAAUAGAAGGAGUUCAAGUCAUUUUAAAUGAAGAAUCUACAAAACAAGCAUAAACUUAUGUAACUGAUUAAGAAGGAACUUGCAGAAUUAUAGUAUAAGGAGUUUUGGAAGGCAAAAUGGUGAUUUAAACGUAUUAUUAUAUUAUUGAUUGUUUUUAGUGAAGGAUAUUUCCCUAUAGUUGAAGAAUAUGGGACUACUUAAUCUAAAAUGAAUUUAUAUUAAUUGAGAGAAUUGUCAUUUCCUUUAAUUCAACAUCUAGAAGACAAGAAUUCAGUUAUGAUUCUAGUUCAAACAAAUGUUGAAGUGAUGCCAAUUGACAUUAAGAUGAUUCUACCUGAUAAUGUGUAGAUUGAUUAGAGUCAUUAAAAUGUACUCUAUGAUUUGAAUGAUGAAUCUGGUUGUUAAAGAAUAAUAGUACAUGAUCUUCAUACAAAGAGAGGUGUCUAUAGAAUAAUUGCAGAUAUCAUUGAACCUGAUUAUGUACAUCCACAACAUUUAAAAGUGUACAUCAUAACUAAUAAAGAGUUGAAAUUAGUUGAUGUACCUAAGACUAUUAAUUAAGAAUAAAUCUAUUGGGAUAUUGGUGUAAUUUGUGGUAAUUUAUUUAUUCAUUUAAUCAUUAGCUCCCAAUUCUGGAUUUCUAGAAAUUAACACUCCAACUGAUGAAAUUUUGAAGAGAGAUAAAUAUCUUAAGGAUUACCAGAGUUUGUUGCAAUUCAUAAAGAAUUCUAAGAAUAUGGAUUUAAAAACUAUCUUAGGAUUCAAUGAUAAAGAAAGACUUGAAUUAUAAGGAGAUAUCUUUGUGUAGAAGGAUAAAAUUAAGAAUACUCUAGAUAAAUAUGGGUUUGAAUCAAUCACUAAUCUUGAUUAUUUGAUAUAAUCAGCUAUGAUGUCUAAUGGAUUGUACAGUUUUAAAAGACUAGAAUAGAAAUUUGGUAAUCUAGAUUUUGAAUUCAUAUUUGAUGAUGAGAAUUCAACUAGUAAAUAAAAGGAAAUGAGUGAGGAUGAACCUUAUGAUGAUGAUUAUGAUAUAUGA